AAGAACAAUCUUGUUCGACGAUGAACAGGCCCGGGGAAGGGCCCCCCAAGGCUUGGGAACCCGGCCAGGUGCGCGUCUCCGGCAGGGGCCGCGGAAGCCCGGGCACUUGGGUCAAGCCGCUCCGCCCCCGGCCUCGUCGUCCCGCCCCCGGCCUCGUCCUCCCGCCCCCGCGCCAGAGCUGCAGCCGCCGCCGCUGACGCCGCCGCUCGGGCCUCCUGCAGCCCAUCUCAAUAAUUAGUGCGACACAGAGAACCUGAUGCCACCUCUCCGGAUUGUCCCAGGCCGUUUACUUUCCCAGCUGUAUUGUGGAUUGAAGCCUCCAGCCUCUGUGCAAACCAAGAUUUGCCUAACAAUGGCUCGUCCAAGUUCAAGUAUGGCUGACUUCCGGAAGUGUUUUGCAAAAGCCAAGCACAUCGUCAUCAUUUCAGGGGCUGGCGUCAGUGCUGAGAGUGGGGUACCGACUUUCAGAGGAGCGGGAGGUUACUGGAGAAAAUGGAAAGCUCAGGACCUGGCCACCCCUCAGGCCUUUGCCCGAAACCCAUCCCAGGUGUGGGAGUUCUACCACUACCGGCGGGAGGUGGUGCAGAGCAAGGAGCCCAACGCCGGGCACCUGGCCAUCGCUGAGUGUGAGGCCCGGCUGGGCAGGCAGGGCCGACGGGUCGCGGUCAUCACGCAGAACAUCGAUGAGCUGCACCGCAAGGCUGGCACCAAGAACCUUCUGGAAAUCCAUGGUAGCUUAUUUAAAACUCGAUGUACCUCUUGUGGAGUUGUGGCUGAGAAUUACAAGAGUCCAAUUUGUCCAGCUUUAUCAGGAAAAGGGGCUCCAGAACCUGAAACUCAAGAUGCCAGAAUCCCAGUGGAGAAACUUCCCCGGUGGGAACUUCCUCGGUGGUCUACCCCGCCGCCACAUUUGCCCCCCAGGUGUCUGCCCGGGGGGUACCGGUGGCCGAAUUUAACAUGGAAGCCACCCCGGCAGCGAACGGAUUCAGGUUUCAUUUCCAGGGGCCAUGUGGGACGAUGCUUCCUGAAGCCCUUGCGCCUCAUGAAACUGAAACUGUUUCUUAAUUGCCCUGAGGAAGGAAGAAAUCACAGCGCAUCUAAGUACCAGGCCACCAACAGGAGAAACAGUCUUGUGGAUGGAAUUGCUUCCAAAUCAGAGAAGAGGAAAAGCGAAUUGAAAAUACUCCAAAAUUUAUGUGAGGGCUGAAAGGCAUGGGGUCCUGCCGCUAUAGCGCACUUCUUCCUUUUGAAACUGCACUUCUGUGGGGAGUGCGGAAAGCCGAAAUCUCUUGUACAAAUACUGAUUAACGGGAUCGACCAAGCGGAUCUCGGAGCUAAAAAAAGGCGAUAGGGCGACUGGGGCUUGUGGUCACCGGAUGGCGUGACCUGCGAGCCCGCCUCAAGGAGCGCGAGGACCCAGCCAACCCUGCUCUCGGCAUCCCCGCCAAGGAGGCAGCAGCAUGUAUCUUUCCUGCCUAGAAACAAGCACCACGGUCACCAGCUCUCGCAGCCGUGAGCGAGGAGGGAGCCGCGAGGCCUCCUGCGCGCAGCCUCGGCGUCGGGCGGAAGGGAAGGCCCCCCCCCCCGCA